AUGUCGUUCAACGACGACGAGGUGCCAGCGCCUGCGAGGCCGACGGGGUUCACCGGCUUGCCGGCGAGGCAAGUGCAGCUCAUCAAGUACCACAGCCGCAGUGCGCCCCUGGCCCCCAACGACCAGGAGGUGCUGCUGGAGCUCAGGGGCAUCGCCUCCGCCGCCGCCCGGGAACCCUUGGACCUCGUCGCCGUCAUUGACACCAGCGGCAGCAUGGGGGACGGGGGCAAGCUCGACAAGGCGAAGAACGCCCUGUGCUUCGUCAUCCGCAAGCUCACCGACCGCGACCGCCUCUGCGUCGUCCAGUUCUACCACGAGGCCUCCCGCCUCUGCCCGCUGCGCCGCGCCACCGAGGCCGCCCAGGCCGAGCUGGAGGCUCUCGUCCGCGGCUUCGUGGCCGGCGGCGGCACAAACAUCCAGAAAGGCCUCGAGAUCGGGCUCGGCGUCGUCAAUGGGCGCAGGGUCAUCGCCGGCCGCGCCGCCAGCGUCAUGCUCAUGUCCGACGGCGAGGAGAACAACGGCGACGCCAGGUCGGUCGCGCCCGGCGACGUGCCCGUCCACACCUUCGGCUUCGGCUCCGGCCACGACGCCAGGCUGCUCGGCGCCGUCGCGGAUAAGAGCCUGGGCGGGGUGUUCAACUACGUCGCCGACAGCGACAGCCCCACCAACCUCACCGAGACCUUCUCCCAGGUGCUGGGCGGCCUACUCACCAUCAUCGCGCAGGACCUCGAGCUCAUUGUCACGCCGCUCCCGGGCGAGGCCACCAUCAGGAAGCCGGUGGACGCCGGGAGCUUUCCGGCCAUCCCGGCCACCGACGGCUCCUCCUCCGUCACCGUCAGGUUCGGCACCCUCUACAGCGCCGAGGAGCGCAAGGUCAUCGUCGAGCUCGCGCUCAGCGACCGGACCGCCUCACGCCCGUACCGCGCCAACGUCGUCCAGGUCCAGUACCAGUUCACCUUCCAGGGCCAGCGGGUCAUGUCCGACCCCGACCGGAUCACCAUUCGCCGCGGCAGGGGAACGGCGGCCGGCGACCCAGCCGCCGACGCACCGGCGCAGGUGCGGACCGAGGUGGCGCGGCGGCGGCAUGUGGAUUCGAUCAAGGCAGCGAUGGAGAAGGCCGAGGGCGACAGGCUGGAGGACGCGCGGGACAUCCUGGCGGAGGCGCUGAGGGCGCUGGAGCGCAUCGUCGACCCCAUGGUGGACAUGCUCCGGAGGGAGCUGCAGAGGCUGCUGGAGCUCUUCAGGACCAAGGACACCUACAGGGAGCAGGGCCGGCCCUACGCCAUCUCCUCGCUCGCCUCCCACGGCCGCCAGCGCUUCACCGCCAGGGGCGACGCCGAGGAAGUCCGGCUCUUCGCCACGCGGCGGAUGGACAUCUACCUCGAGCAGGCUAAGAGGCCCGACGAGAAGCCGCCGUCCGCCGACGAGGAUGUCAGGGAAGAGCCGGAGCCGGAGCGGGCGGUGCCGCAGGACUGUGAGAGGUGGACCGUGAUGUCGGUGGCACUGCGACUACUCGCGACGGUGCUGAGCCUGCUAGCCUUCUCGAUCAUGGCCAGGGCGAGGACGUCCGGGUGGGACGGCGACCGCUACGGCCGCUACGAGCCCUACAGGUACGCCGUCGGGGUGAACGUGGUCGUCUGUGUCUGUUCGAUAUCUCAAGCCAUCGCCGAGGUCCGGCGCCUCCGUCCACAGAGGUCGUCUGCGCCGCGGAGCACGUCGAUCUACUGCAUCAACCUCUUCCUCGACCAGGUGCUGGCAUACCUGCUCAUGUCGGCGGCGUCGGCGGCCGCGUCUCACAACAACCUCUGGGCGGCGAGGUUCGGCGAGGACCAGUUCAGCCGCAAGGUCAGCGUCGCGGUGUGGCUCUCGUUCCUCGGGUUCCUUGCGCUGUCUGCCAACGCGCUCAUCUCCAUGGCUAAUCUCUUCCGCAGGAUCGAUAUGCCAAACUGA